CGGACAUAUAUGUGCAAUAUUCUUCUGUGCGUAUUCCAACAUAUGUAGGUAUUUCGCCAUCCACGUACUCCUCUCGGGACUUUGCGUUUGACAGCACAUUACUGAAGUGUGAGGUCUGGCCAUUAACGUUACGUACGCGAAAUCCAGUUAUUUAAAAUAACAAUACAGCGUAACCGGUUUAGCGGACAUGAGCAGAUGCGAUUAAGAAUUGCAGAUCAAUCACCCGAUGCUUGCGGAAAGAAAGGGACUUCCGGAAAAAUUUCUGGAUAUGUAUAAAACGUGGAGUUACAAGGCAGACACAACCAUUCUGCUGCAUCAACUCAAAAUGAGGCUACAAAUCAUACUACUGGUCGGGCUCCUGGCGCUGAUUAUGGUUCAAUCCCAAGUACUCCUCCCGGGACUUCGCGUUCAACAGGUUCCUGUCCUUGAAAAUGCCAAGAUUCGAGUAGUGCAGUACCUGGACGUGGCAUCCACUGUCACACCUGACUUGGUAAGGGAUCAAUUCAGCAGGCGAUUCACUACGCUGGCCAAACCUUUAGUUAGUGGUGCUGCACCCCAAACUCGCCUCCCAAAUUUGUAAUUUAUUAAAAGUCAUCCUGUGAUAACUUUUAAUAAGCGCAUAUAUAUUGGUAUCUUUAAACUAGCAUCUUCAUGUCAUUAACUCUAGUUU